GCCUUUGGAAAACUGUACACUACUCGUAUUUAACUGUAAAAAAUCAAAAACAAAACCCUUUUCGGCAAACACUUUCAGUACACACACACUUUUCCCUUCCCACCUUCCCACCAAAAUCAAAAUCAACACCAAAAUCCUAUGUCUUUCCGUUGGCCCAAAUAUGCCGUUCAGGCGGUAAACAACGAAAUAGCAAAUGGAAAUUCACCCACAGAUCCAACGCAGGAAAAUCAUUUGCUCACUUUUAUAAUUUAACAGCAAAAAAAAAAUACCAUCAAAAAUAAACCCAACAACAAGGUAAGAAUAAGUCAAGAAUAAGUUGAAGUUUUUCCUUGUUUCCAAACACCAAUCAACAUGGCUAUCCGAUUAAACGGCGAUCGAGAGGCAAUGGCUUCAUGUCCUUUACCCACAAAGCCACUGCAGCAGCAGCAGCAGCAACAGCAGCAGCGAGCAUCGCCCAUGUCCUUUCCCGUCACGUAUCCCUAUAUGGACGCACAGCAGUUGCAGCAAUACUACAUCGCCCAGAUGCAACAGCCAGCGCCUCCAAUGGGGCCCAAUAUGUACGUACAUCCGUGGUACAUCUGUCAGCCGCCACAGGGCCAGAGCUACGGCUACUGCUACGGGAUGCAGAUGCCACCAAAUAGCAUUCCGCCGCAGAACUUCAAUCCCCCACCAAACACAGCGUCCAUGCAGUCCACGGGAACGUUGCCGCACAGCACUCAACAGACACGAGCCAGACCCAAAUUUCAAGUCCAAAAAAUAGAUAAUGAAAGCCGAACCUCAGCCGGUGGCAGGACAUACAAGCAGUGCAGUGUGCCGCUUCCGGAGACCGCCUGCGGCUGGUGUGGCAGCAUCAACAGCUUCGAGGAGGACGGCAACGCACAGUUGGAGUAUCAACGCUGUGGGGCACGCAGCACUCACCCCGCUUCUAGUCCCAAAAUGAAUGAAGAAAAAACAAGACAACAACAGCAGCAGCAGCCGCAGCAGCAGCAGCAGCAGCAGCAGCAGAAGCCGCAGCAACCACAUUUGAUCAAAGAUUUGCUCAAGGAUCCCCCUAGGGAUCCCCGAAAGGAUCCUCAUAAAGAAGAACCACCGAACCAAACCAGGGAAGAGCAAAAGAUCGGUACGGAAAAUCGUUCGAGAAACGAUUUAAAGGAGCAAAAUAAAGAUCUAGACAAGGACAAGGCUCAAAACCACUCUGCCAAGAAGCACCACAAAAAGGACAUCGAACCGGAGAAGCUCAAAGAGGAAAUCGACAGUGUUUUGGGCAGUGGCGCCAGCAGUUUUAUCAAGCGCCUGGCCGAUCUCAUGCGCCACCGUUCCACAAAGCGAAAGCAGCCCAAGGCCAAGCCACAGGUGGAGGAGUCCACACCAGCAACCAGCACGCCAGGCUCCUCGAUCGUCAGUUCGGAAUCCUUGCUUCAGCCACCGCGCAAGCCGAGCUUCUUCAGGCGUCUCUUCGGUGAGGUGCGCGACAAUGAUGUGGCCUUCUACACGCAAUCCAAGCAAAAGUCUAGCUAUCCCACACUUCAGCAGUCGGACAGCGUGGAGCAGGCAGAGGCCUUCAACAAGCUGAGAAGAAAGCAGCUGAUGGCAGCCAAGGGUCCUUAUAAAAAAUUAUAUCAGGAGCAUCGAUAGAUUCCAUAGAUUUUUCACGUCUAUAACAAUUUUCAGGCAAUAAAAUUAACCAAGCGAAAAAGCCGAAGC